GAGAGAGAGAGAGAGAGAGCGCGAGCGAGGGGGACGGCAGGAAAAGAAUGAGGAAGAACUGGCGCGCGCUGAAGAUCGCUGCCGUCUAAAGCGCGGGAUUUGCUGAAGAAGCAUCGGCCAUCUGAUCGCUGCGGGUCAGUCACGGGGAGAAGAAGAGCAAACUAAAAAAAAAAAAAAAAGCCAGGCGCGAGCGUAUGCGUGUGCGCGCGCGCGCGUUCGAGCGUGCCCGUGCGUGUGUGUGCGUGCGCGCAUGGGAACCGAGGAGCGAAUCUAACCCUUCCGUCUCGCGCAUAUAAAGCAAACCCCCCCACCGCCACCACCUACCCCCUCCUACCCACCACCACCACCAUCACCACCACCAAAACACCACCACCACCAACAAAACCCACCAAGACGAAUGCGAGCUUGGACUCCACACUCGCCCUGACCUCUCCUCCCGGCUGCACGAGGUAAAGGUUCAUUUGUCACCCAUCGCAGAAUGAUGAGGCAUCCGAAGGUUUCCUCGUACCUCUCAAUGGGGCUCCAGUAUCUGGUGAUCGUGGCAGUCUUGCUCACCAACAUCCACCGUGUGAUGGCGGAGAAUGUGCAAGACCACAGCUCCAACCAUAACACUUCUGCCAAUAAAUCGGAUUCCUGUGGGGGCUCCACUGAGUGCAAACCUGGCGUUAUUCUACCAGUGUGGGAGCCCCAGAACCCCUCGUUUGGGGACAAGGUGGCACGGGCCACGGUCUACUUUGUGGCACUGGUGUACAUGUUCCUUGGAGUGUCAAUCAUCGCUGAUCGCUUUAUGGCAUCGAUUGAGGUGAUCACCUCGCAGGAGAAAGAGAUCACCAUUAAGAAACCGAAUGGAGAAACAACAACUACCACUGUACGCAUUUGGAAUGAAACGGUGUCCAACCUUACUCUCAUGGCCCUGGGUUCCUCUGCACCAGAAAUUCUGCUGUCUGUUAUUGAAGUGUGCGGACAUAACUUUGACGCCGGCAACCUUGGGCCCGCCACCAUUGUCGGCAGUGCCGCCUUCAACAUGUUUGUGAUUAUUGGGCUCUGCGUCUAUGUGGUUCCAGAUGGGGAGCAUCGCAAGGUCAAGCAUCUCCGCGUGUUCUUUGUCACCGCUGCCUGGAGCAUCUUUGCCUACCUGUGGCUCUACCUGAUUCUGGCUGUCAUCUCACCAGGUAUCGUCCAGGUUUGGGAAGGCCUCCUCACCCUCUUCUUCUUCCCCAUUUGUGUGGUCUUCGCCUGGAUAGCUGACCGCCGUCUUCUCUUCUACAAGUACGUCUACAAGCGCUACCGGGCCGGCAGGCAGCGUGGCAUGAUCAUUGAGACUGAGGGUGAUCGUCCGCUUCCAUCUAAAGUGGACAUUGAAAUGGACGGGAAGAUGCUUAACUCCCAUGCUGUGGACUUUCUGGAUGGGACCCUGACACUGGACCUGGAAGACAAGGAUCUGGACGAGGAGGAGGCCAGGCGGGACAUGGCGAAGAUCCUGAAGGAGCUGAAGCAAAAGCACCCAGACAAAGAAGUUGAGCAGCUGAUUGAACUCGCCAACUACCAGGUACUCAGCCAGCAGCAGAAGAGCCGUGCAUUCUACCGCUGCCAGGCCACACGGCUGAUGACGGGUGCGGGAAACAUUCUGAAGAAACACGCGGCGGACCAGGCCCGAAAGGCGGUGAGCAUGCAUGAGGUGCGCAGUGACACCGGUGAAAACGAUCCUAUUUCAAAGAUCUUCUUCGAACCUGGCUCGUACCAGUGCCUGGAGAACUGCGGAACCGUGGCUGUAAAUGUGAUCAGGCGUGGAGGUGACCUCAACCAGACAGUGUCUGUCGAUUUCCGCACCGAAGAUGGCACAGCAAACGCCGGCUCGGACUACGAGUUCACUGAGGGCACUGUUGUUUUCAAGCCGGGUGAGACACAAAAGGAGAUCCGGGUUGGAAUCAUUGACGAUGACAUCUUUGAGGAGGAUGAAAACUUUCACAUCCAGCUCACCAAUGUCCGCGUUCUUCAUGAAGGGGCCGAGCCUGAGACCACUGAAGCCAAUCACGUGGACACCAUUGCGAGUCUCGGCAUGCCCUCCACCGCAACCGUCACCAUCUUUGACGAUGACCAUGCUGGAAUCUUCACAUUCGAAGAGCCUGUGACCCACGUCAGCGAGAGCGUAGGUGUGAUGGAGGCGAAGGUGCUCCGCACAUCUGGAGCUCGCGGUGUUGUUAUGGUACCCUACAAGACCAUGGAAGGCUCGGCCAAAGGAAGUGGCGAGGACUUUGAGGACACCCAUGGCAUUCUGGAGUUCCAAAAUGAUGAAAUCUUGAAGACGAUAACGGUCAGGGUUCUCGAUCGAGAGGAGUACAAUAAGCAGUGCAGCUUUUAUGUAGUGCUCCAGACACCGCAGUGGAGGAGGAGAGGACGCACAGAACACAGAGAGGAAGUGAAGGAGGUUGUGCAAGAAGAGGAGGAGCCUCUGACAGGGGAGGAGGAAGAGGAGCGGCGCAUUGCGGAGAUGGGCAAACCCAUGCUGGGAGAACACGUCAAGCUGGAGGUCAUCAUUGAGGAGUCUUAUGAGUUCAAGAACACUGUGGAUAAGCUGAUCAAAAAGACUAACUUGGCUCUGCUGGUCGGCACUAAUAGCUGGAGGGAUCAGUUCAUCGAGGCCAUUACAGUCAGCGCUGGUGAGGAUGAUGAUGACGAAGAGUGCGGCGAGGAGAAGCUGCCCUCCUGCUUCGAUUACGUCAUGCACUUCCUGACCGUCUUCUGGAAGGUCCUGUUCGCCUUCGUGCCGCCCACUGAUUACUGGAACGGCUGGGCGUGCUUCGUCGUGUCCAUCUGCAUGAUCGGAGUCCUCACCGCGUUCAUCGGGGACCUGGCCUCGCACUUCGGCUGCACCGUCGGCCUCAAAGACUCAGUGACCGCCGUGGUGUUCGUCGCACUGGGCACUUCGGUACCAGACACCUUCGCUAGUAAAGUGGCCGCCACCCAGGACCAGUAUGCGGACGCCUCCAUCGGCAACGUGACAGGCAGCAACGCGGUCAACGUGUUCCUGGGCAUCGGCGUGGCCUGGUCCAUCGCAGCCAUCUACCACCAAACCAAGGGCAAGGAUUUCCACGUGGAGCCGGGCAACCUGGCCUUCUCGGUCACCCUCUUCACCAUCUUCGCCUUCAUUUGUGUGGCCACGCUUAUGUACCGGCGCCGGCCGGACAUCGGCGGAGAGCUGGGCGGCCCGCGGACUGCCAAAGCGCUGACCACCAUGCUGUUCAUCAGCCUUUGGCUGAUCUACAUCCUCUUCUCCUCACUUGAGGCUUACUGCCACAUCAAGGGCUUCUAAACAUACACCUACGCACAUACAUACAUACACACACGCAUACACACACAUUAACGCACACACAUACACCGAUGUCCAUACAGAGAUGCGUACACUCACCUUGCAUAUGUACACACAGGUUAAACAUGAAAAACAACAACAAACAAACAAACAAAACAGAAGCGGAAUGAGCAAAGACUACAUGAAUGAGAAGGAAGCAACAGUGGCCAGAACUCUGCUAACCUGCUUUUAUAGUUUUGUUUGAUUUUUUGUUUAUUUGGGUUUGUCUUUUUUGUCUCCUCUCCAACAUUUGAUGUUCCUCUUGAAAUGCAUGAAGGACUGAAUGUGAUUGGAAAAUUGCUGGCUGGUCAAGACAUCCCAUUGGCUUGGAUGGAGGACAUGAAGUACAGGGACUCUUAAAGGAAAACUCUGUUGUCUUAAAAUGUGAUUUUUUUUUCAGGAUUCGUUUGGUGGUUUUUUUUUGUGAAAUGAGUGCUUCUAAAGUAAAAUUCAAUGCAAACGUUACCUCCGCUAGGUUUCCACAGGGUGUAGAUCAAGACAGUAUUUGCUUUUUGAAACUAAUGGGGCAGCACAACAUUCUCCAACUGUUGUGCUGCCAUUUCCUUCUCGUAGUACCUGAUAAAGAACAGAACGCAUGUAAUCACAUAACUUGCUUGGGACUAUUUACUGUUCUGCUCGUCUUUGAAUGUUGUUGGUCGUGGUUUAGUGGUCUGCGCUCCAUCACUUUCCAUGUCUGUGUCCCAAAUGGGGGGGUCAAUCCUUGACAUAUCUUACUUUAGAAGCACGUAUUUUGCACCAACAUUAAUCUAAAUUACUUUAAAAGCUUGCACAAAUGUUUUUGGAGAAACUGUUGGAAUUUCCUUUAUGUGUAAGACUUGAGUAAUAAUCUGACUUUUGAUGAAAAGCAAAUACAAAACCAGCCCAGUAGUCAGGAAAUAUCACAUCUGCAGUCCCUAUAUGAGAAUGGAACUCUGGGAAAUGUAGUUCUGAUGACUGUAUAUAUUACAAGGCUUGAGACCUUUAUGAUUACAUCUUUAAGUAUUUCUUGUGGAGGACAUGUAGACGUGUCCACAAAGCACCAGAAAACAGCGUUAAAUGCACUGUUGCGGGAACGUAGAUCGACAGGCUUUCUUUCAGACAGAUCAGGCCCAUUUCUUGCCAUCAUCUUGAAGCCAUUUUCAGCUCCUAGUUGCUGGUGUGCUGCUGAUACUUGAUUAGUCUGUGAGUCUCAUCAUGACAAAAACUGUGGCUACCAUGAGACCGGGUACAUUGUGUAGGCCAGUUGUCCACAGUCCCAGCCCUAGGGAAGCCCAGCUUAGUGUUUCCCAAUUCAGACACCUUAUUCAGCUAAUGAAGGGUUUGUUUGUUGCGGAAGAGUUGAGUAAGGUGUGUUUGAAUGACGGAAAAUACUGCUGGGACUGAGGCUGCUUUAAUUUUAGUACCAGGACAGUAGAUUGUGCUACAGACUGAGCAAUAGAAGUCUUCUCUGAGCCCAGGAUAAGCUAAAGUGUUAGCAGAGAUCAUGGUAGACGCACAUAUCAUUAUCGUUAUUCGGUGGGCUCUGGCGACUAAAACUGAUCUGGUUAGGGAGCGUCCUGCUUGGAGCUUUGAAGAAGUAGGCUAAGGCACAGGGCUAGUUUACCUGUUGGCCUUUCCCGUACAACCAAACAGUUUUCAUCCUUUCUCCUCAGUCACUGUAGAGCAAUGAUGCUUUUAGCAAAGGCACACAAUCAAAACGAACGAGUUAUAAUGUAAUAAUACUGUGAUAAAUCAAGAUUAGCAAAUGCUUGGUGGUGAGCCUGUACAAGUCAAACGGUCUCCGGAUAUUUCAGUAACUGAAACACACUACAAUGAUUGAAAUAGGAAGCUUAUCAAUGCUACAAAGGUAGAGUGAAGGUACUUCCAGGCCUUUUGUGGGAGAGAUACCCUCCUACAGAGUUCAAUGCUAGUGCUAAUCAAGCACAGCUUGCUCCUGAAGACCUUGAUUAGACCUUUCAAGAGCACAGUUGGAGGUAUCUGUUAGCGUGUGUGUGCUAAAAUGCUCAGUGGGGCCUGCAGCAAAUACAUCAGGGGUGGAUCCUUAGAGAAGAAAGCACUGCAUGCCCAAGUCUAGAACUAGCCGAUGGACUGAAUGUUGUCUCCAAUCCAACUAGAUUUUGCCAACUCUUCCUACGUGGUUCUGCUAAGAAGUCCAGGAUUAGCUGAAUGAAAUGUUAGAUUUGAGCUGGAGGUGAAACCUGCAGGAAGACAGAUCUCCAGGAGCAGGGUUUGGGAUCAUUGGUCCACGUCCUUGUUUCCCUAAGUUGUCCCUAGGAACCUCCAGACAGUUCACAGUUUUGCUUUGUUCCAGCUUCUGUCUCAGUCCCAUCAACUAUUCAGUGUUUUUGAUUGCUUGGUUCAGGUGUGUUGGAAGCUGUGGCAAGAAGCAAAGCUGCGGAGAUGGAGUUCCCUGGAGAAUGGAUUGGGCACCACUGGUCCACACAUUGGGCACCCUUCCUUGUGAAAGAUUUGACUGAUUGGUGAAACUAUGGGUGAGAUUCCUACAUGCUCUAAAAAUGAAAGUGCCCUAAAAGGUUCUUUGGAGAGACCGCACAGACCAGAGAUUCUCGGACCAGUUGUCGGGGCCCCCCAGAAAGUCCUUGUUUGCUCUUUCCCAGGUCCCAACAUGUAGAAAUAAUGAAAAAAUGUGGACUGUCUGUGGGGCACCCUGCGUAUGAGUAUUACCACCACUUUCUGUUCACCAAGGAACAUUUCAGUUGAUGGAUCUUGACCUGAAAUGACGUGGAAGCAUAAAGAUCCUUUUAAAGUGUAAAGUAUGUCCACAUGAUGUAGGUUUUUCUUAGAACCGUACAUCCAAGUACCAUUCCUUUAAAGAGUGCAGUUGCUAAAGUUCGAGAAGGAUCUAAGCUGAGUUUUAGGGUAGGAGAGUUGAAGGUGAACUCCAGAGUUUAGCUGAGGAGCCAGAUACGAUGCAGCAGGCCCUUGACAGAUGGGUUUUCCACCGUUCUUUCUGCCAGGUCCUGCGCAUCACAUCGAUUGCUUGCAUUCCACUUCUCCGACUGCCGACUGCAGAACAAGAGUUUACACUGACGACUGUUACCAUCCGUCCAGACACCCGAACAUGAACGCACACACAUAAAACAUGGCCUAGCAAAACACAUGAUGGUAGCUAUGGUCUCACACAUUUGCUCAGUCAUACACGCACACCCAUACACACACAUUUUCAUCUGUGUGGAGUUUACGAGGGCGCGUGGUCCCUCCAGUCCUGCUGAGAUUAUUUCAUAACCUGCUGCGUAUUUGGACGUGUAAGGCAAACACUGCAGAUUAGCCGGGAUUUUAGAAGCAACAACUUUAGACGUAGUCCGGUUUUAAAGUCUUAGAUCUAGUCUGGGUAUGACACCAAACAUCCUUAGAAUAGCUUGGUUUUUAAAAAAGCUAGAAAGAAGAUUUCAGAUUAGAAUGGCUUUAAACAUCGGGAAAAAAGGGACAAAAAAAAAACAACGGCAAGAUAUUUUUCUCUGUCUUGUUCAGAUUUUCAAUCUUUGGGAAUAUUCUAGACUAGAACUGAAAUAGCAUUUAAGACUGAGUAGCCUGUUUUAGAUUUGAGACAAAUAAUAUGGCUCACAUAGUUUAGUUUGCUCCAAAUUUGCCAAAGGGAGAAGGUCUUUCUAGGUGAGAAUUCCAGUGUCGCCCAGCUCCAGAAGUGGGUUUUGUAUUUGUAACUGACCUUUUUUUUUUUUUUUUUACCAACACCAAAAAAAAAAACGCCCCUGAGAAGAAGAAGCUUAGUGAUGUUUCUCCCCUGCCUGGGGCCUUUCUUAUGAGUAUUUAUACAUGAUGGAUGUUGGGUGUGCCACCUGUGCCCUCGUCCACAGUGUCUCAAUCUUUUCUUGGCUGCCUGAGCAUCUUACAAUUUGCAUUUUUUAAGGAAUUUUGGGAAUUGUAACUUGAUCUGUGAAGCAGAAAAAGGCUGUAAAAACGGCUGUCCUUUGAUUGCUUUCUUCAUUUCCAGGGUGUGUGGGCACCAAAAUGUGCUCGUUUUUCUUUCGUUUUUUUUUUUGUUUUUUGUUUUUUUAAAUAGCCUAAAAAAUGGUUGCACUGGCUCUCGUGUUUUCUGAUGGAAAAUUUAAUGACAUGGAUGCUGAAGAGGACCCGCCCUCGUGCGGCCAUUAUCAGGACCCAAUACCAACGAAAGACGACAUGAUUUAAGACUCUAAAAAAGGUGACUCGUUCUCCUGAACCCUGACACUCGUUUCAAAAACCAAUAGCUGAAGAGGAGGACGGUGGACUCAUGCGAAAUACAGCCAUACUCCGCGUCCUGCUUCGGGUGGGAGGGAAGCCACCACGGACUUCCUGUGCCUCCUGCUGCCCACGUGAACGCAGCGACCUGUCUGGAGAUGUGUCUGCAUCUAAAUGUGCGUGCGAGUGUAUAUGUGCGUGCGAAUGCGUGUGUGUCUGCCCUCGAGGGGCUUGCCUCGGUGGGACGCCUCUACUGGGGCUGCGGCGUUGCAUACCCCCUUCUAGUGGCCAUGUCUGCACAUCAAACAUCCGGCCCAUGUCCAAAGGUCCACGUCCAGCCUGUGGGCGUGGGCACAACUGUGGACGUUACUGCAUUUCAGAGCCCACCUGUGGCCGAGACCCCACCCCUUGCCCCUUUUCCCCGCCCCCAAUGUCCAUAUUUGGAAUGUUAACGUGCUACUUGUUGACACUGUGCAUGGAUGCUAACCUGUCUGUAUAUAGUAAGCAGUAACCCAUUCGUUCAUGUCUGUUGAUGGAGGUUUGAAAGCUGUAUAGAUAUUUGGAGAUUUCUUUUGGGUUUGUUAGUUUUGUUUCGUUUGUUUUCCUCUCGUUACUAAGUUUUAUUUCGAAGGAGUUUUUAAUCUCUUGGUCUUAACUUGCACAUGUAUAUGAAAAAGGCAGUAUCUGUCGUUCUAGUCAGUACAUGGGACUUUUAAUCAUAAGGGAUGCAUGGGUACUUGUACAAUAACAAUAAUAAUAAUAAUAACGAUAAUAAUGAUAAUAAUAAUAAUAAUAAUAAUGCCUCUUCUUGCUUGUUGCCAUGGUUGUAUUAUUUGACAUUAUAAGAGACUAUUGUACAUCAAAGGAUAUUUUGUCAUUGAAGAAUUCAUAUGUAUAUACUGUACAGUUCGAAUCCGAAGGCGAGUCGGUUGCCUUGGCAUUAUCACAGAGCAGCGCAUAUUUAUUUUAAACCCUUUGCUCAACUCACGAAUGACAAAUAUUGCCUUUUGGAUGGGUCGUUCUGCUUUCGGCGCUUGUUUCGUCCUCACUCCUUCGCUGAGCAGUGUGCGUGGGUGUAUGUCUGUCUGUCUAUCUGGAUGUAUGUCUGCGGAGGUUUCUAACACUAAUAAGACAUAAGGGGACGCAUAACAUGUUUCGGUUUUGUGCCGGAUCUUGGUGACAUCUGGAGAAUGUCUGUGAGAUGUUGUGCCUGGUGCGUACGUGUAUGUCAUUUCGAGCCCCCCACCCCAAGACCCUUCUUUCCCCCACUGCUCAGAUGGAUUCUGGUUUUUUCAGGGGUUUAAUAAUAUCUUUGGUAAUAUCGUUUUAUUUCCUCGCUUGCCGUCUCUCUUCCCAUCCCUGGUCUAUGUCUUCACUGACUCCUCGCGCUAACAGGCGUCCCGUGUUGGAACCUGGCCUGUAAACUGAUCUGGCAUGCUAGGUUAUGAUUCGAUUUGGCUAAUUUCACAGUCCCAGUCAUCUCUGAAGUUUGCCGCAAUCGUGUAGUCAUGUUCCGUGGCUCCGUGACAGAUAUGAAUAUUCAUAUUCCAAAGUAAUAACUAGUUUGACACGAAUGCAACACCUUUGCACAUGAUACUCCAAUCGCAUUCUUUUAUGUAUUGAAUGUAUCUGAGAGACUAAUGUCUCUUACCUACUUACAUAGGUCUUCAACAUAGGUCAGCAAUAAAUGUGCUGCUCAAUUGGAUUUAACUUUCGUCAACAGUCCGAUCACGAGUGUCUGUACAUGUGCGUCAUCAUUCAUUGCUUUUUCAAGGAAAGGAAAAGGACCACAGCUGGGAAUUUCAAGUCUUAAAAUCAGAUCGUUAGAUCCGAUUUGCUUGCAGUCGUUUAGAUCAUGGUAGCUCUGUGAUCAGAUUUUUUGUAGAGUUCAAGUAAAAUUACAUUUAUAAUAAUAAGAAAAAAAUCCGACCUACUUGUUUUAGUGAUCAGAUCACGCUAGCUCCACUUUUUGCAGAUUAGACGGAUUAGAAAAAGAUCCGAUUCAUUAAAAGAAGAAGGAGGAUCAGAUUGUCUGUCUUGUUUUAGUAAUCAGACCACACUGGUUCUGUGAUCAGACAUUCUUUUUUUUUUCGUUGUUUUGUUUUUACUUUCUGUUUCGCUUUUUUUUGUGAAUUACAGCUCAAGAAAAAGAUCAGAUUUAGAAAAAAUUGAAAAAAAAAGAUCAGCUUGACUAGAUGCACUUGAUCUAACUAUGCCGGUUCUAUGAUCAGACCUUAGUUUGUGUUUGGGUGUGUUGCUCUUUCUUGCUUUUCUUUUUCUUUCCUCAUGUUAGAUUUCAAGAAAAAGAUCAGAUUUAGAAACUUUAGGAAACAGAUCGGAUUUACUUGCUUGUUUCGGUGAUUAGACCACACUUGUUCCAGUUUUACACUUUAAGAAAAAAUCAGAUUCAUUAAAAGAAGAAAAAGCAAUCUGAUUGGCUCGCUUGUUUAAGUAAUCAGACCGCACUGGUUCCAUUAUCAGACAUUCAUUUUAUGCUUGUUUUUUCUGUUGUUUUCCAGGUUAGAUGUCAAGAAAAAGAACAGAUUUAUUAAAAGAAGAAAAAAAGAAAAAUUGACUUGCUUAUUUUAGUGAUCAGACCACACUGGUUUGAUUAGCUGCACUGAUCCGACUGUGCUGGUCCUAUGAUCAGACCAUAGUUUUGUGUUUGGUGUUUUUCUCUUUUUUUGUGAGUUAGACUUCAAGAAAAGCAUCAGAUUUAUAAAAACAGAUAAAACAAAAACUGAUUGACUAACUUCACAUGGUAAUCUGACAAUGCUGGUUCAAUUAUUAGACCUUAGAUUUGUUUUAGUUUUGCUUUUUCUUCUUUCUCAUUUUUUGUGGAUUAAAAAUCAGAUUUACUUGCUUGUUUUCAGACCACACAUUUCUUUUCACAUUUUACAGAAAAAAAAGAUCAGAUAUUUACAUAAAAAAAGAAAAAAAAAGAUCAGAUGUACUUUCAUGUCUUAGUGAUCAUACUGCUGUCAUGAUGAGUAUUUUAUGCUUGCUUGUUUUUUCAUUCUUUUCGCUUGAGAAAGAUAAUAUUUAUUAAAAGGAGAUCAGAUUUGUUUGCCCGUAAUCAGACAUAAUGUUUUCUUUUUAUAGUUUGUGUAUUUUUUUUUUAAAUGUUCUUUAUUUAUUCAUUUUCUGCUGGUUAGACUUCAAGAAAGACAUCACAUUUUUUGUCAGUUACACUUUUAAAUGUAUUAUCUGCUAUUUAAUGAGGAAAAAGAUCAGACGUUCCUGCAGGUCAUAGAGAUCAGACCAUAUAGUUUCCUUUCUACUUUCUGCUGGUUAGAAAAAGAAAAAGAUCUGGUUUAUGUAAACUUGCUUGCUUGUAUAAACACAGUCUUCGUGAUCAGACCAGACUGGUUCCGUAAUCAGACGUGACUGUUUAACGCAGGGUGUCAGUGAUGUGUCAGGCAGUGGGCGACGGCUGGCGAUGUUAAAGCAAGCUGUUCUACUGCGGUCUGUCAUAUCGCCUCUUUCCUUCCGUACUUCUAUCAGUCUGUCUCUCUUUCUCUUCACCUGUCGCGCUCUCUCUUGCUUCACAGCCCCGCCCCGCCCCGCCCCUUUGUUUCUAAUGAUUGUCUAAUUUGUUUUCAUUUGACUAUGAAGAACUGAAGAUCCUGAUUUUGUUGUCCUGAUUUUUUCUUUAUGUUGCACUCAAACUAAUAAGAAGGAAGUCCACUAACUGUGAUUGCCCCCCAUGGUACACCUCUACACAGGAAAUAAAGUUUGGGAUAUCCUGUUUAGAGCC